CAUCUUUCACACAACAUGAGCGUCUUUUUGAAAUCCUUGGGUCAUCCCUCCGAGCUCAAGGCUCUUUUAGCCUACAAGUUUGCUCCAGCCUCACAGAACAAAUUAAACCACCAAAAGACCAUGGCCAAUGACGAACAAAAGAAGAAAUGUUAUCAAUUCCUUGACAUGACCUCCAGAAGUUUUGCUGCUGUGAUUCAAGAGCUCGAUGAUGAACUGAGAGAUGCUAUUUGCAUAUUCUAUCUUGUAUUGAGAGGACUGGAUACAGUAGAAGAUGACAUGACUAUUAGUCUUGAAAAAAAGCUACCCUUGUUGCGUUCCUUUGAUAAGAUUAUUUACCAGCGUGGGUGGAACUUUAAUGAGAAUGGUCCAAAUGAAAAGGAUCGUGAAUUGCUAGUGCAAUUUGAUGUUGUUAUCGAAGAAUUCCUUCGUCUCAAGCCAGGUUACCAGCGUGUGAUUUCUGAUAUUACCGAAAAGAUGGGCAAGGGUAUGGCAGAUUACGCUGCAGGUGAACAUCGUGAAAAUACAUCAGUUGCAACCAUAAAGGACUUUGACCUCUACUGUCACUAUGUUGCUGGUCUGGUUGGGUACGGUCUGUCUGAUAUAUUUGCGGAAUCUGGUCUGGAAGACAAGUCUAUUGCAAAAGACAAGGUUAAGGCCAACAACAUGGGUCUCUUUUUGCAAAAGACAAAUAUUAUCCGUGACUACCGUGAAGACCUUGAUGAUGGUCGUCAGUUCUGGCCAAGAGAGAUCUGGGCCAACUAUGUUACCGAAUUCAAAGACCUCACUCUUCCCUCAAACUCUGAAAAAGCACGUCAUUGUUCAAGUGCAAUGGUCCUUAAUGUACUUCAUGUGGUUCCAGAUGUAUUAAGCUAUCUGUCCAAUUUACACAAUCAAUCAGUGUUCAACUUCUGUGCCAUUCCUCAGGUCAUGGCAAUCGCUACAUUGGCACUCGUUUUUAACAACCUCGACAUUUACCACAAAAACAUCAAGAUCCGUAAGGGAGAGGCUGUCCGAUUGAUUUCUGCCAGUACAAACAUGGAUAAUGUGGUCGAAAUCUUUAGAGAAUAUCUCAAGGUCAUUUCUCAAAAGAACGAUCCCUUAGAUCCAAACUUCCUUGAAAUAUCAAUGGCUCUUGGAAAGAUUGAACAAUGGAUUGUGGCUAACACCAAAUCUCAAAGAGCAGUGGUCAAGCCUAAUGGUUCUCAAUUGUUGCCCAUUGCCGUGUGUUUGGCUGCCAUAUUUUAUUUCUACUUUUAUCAGGCUGUUUAGAUAAAACUCGCAGAUAUACAUACAAAGAAAAACACAUACACACACACCACACCCAAACGCAAAUGCAAAAGCAGACUCCCACACGCACGCAAAUACACAAUACACCCACACUACACAAACACACUACACAAAAUACAAAUCCAAACUCAAAAACAAAAAACAAACACAAACACAAAUACGCCAUAAAAGAAGCAGAAAAAAAAGCAAACCUUACCUAUUUAUCCAUUCUUUCUUAUUCUUAUUCUUAUUCUUAUUCUUAUUCUUAUUCUUAUUCUUAUUCUUCUAGUAAUAUAAAAUACUCUAAUGAUAUUUUUUUUUGCGUUUAUUUGGUUUUAAUUAAAGAAGUAUGUAAUUUUGCAAGGAGUGUAUUGAAGAAGUGUGUAGUAUAUAUAUAUAUAUUAUGAUGGGUAAUAAUAACUUUGGGUAACAUUUGUGUCAAACUAAUAAUAUUUCUUGGGUUACAUUAACUUUUAUCUUUAUUAUUUCCCACCCUCUUCUAUAUAUUUAACUUUUGAUAAUCUUUUUCGUUGGCCCAUUACCACU